AAACUUCUAGAACUCAACAACCUUCAUUCUCUUAUGUCUGUGGUGUCAGCAUUACAAAGUGCUCCCAUCUUCAGGCUGACAAAAACCUGGGCU